CAAAAGGAAAUUCCGUCGUAUUUACAUUCGCCUCUCGUGUCCGCUCUCUCCGCCACCGCCCGCUGCCGACCGGUGAAGUUUUUCUUUUUGGCCGGAAAAUUUAAUGUCAAUAGUGUUCUUCUGGUGAUCGCCAUGGCCGUCGCCGACCGUCGCAAGCCGCACAAUGAUGUGAAGCUCUUCAGGCUCUGUCCAAUUUGGCAAUCGGGGCAUACGUCGUCGACUCAGAACCUUCACCAUAGUAGCCAUGGCCCUAGCCGCAGAAACGGAGCGGCGGCGAAUCAUACGAAAUCUUCGUCGUCGUCCAAGACGGUGUCGUCUGUGGCGAAGUCGCUGUUGCCUCCUCGGCGUAGGCUCCGGCUUGAUCCUAACAAUUGUUUGUUCUUUCCAUAUGAGCCCGGGAAGCAGGUGAAGAGCGCCAUCAGGUUGAAGAAUACGAGCAGAUCCCAUGUAGCUUUCAAGUUCCAAACUACAGCACCAAAGAGUUGUUAUAUGCGGCCUCCUGGUGGCAUUCUGGCUCCUGGAGAAAAUGUUAUUGCUACUGUCUUCAGAUUUGUGGAGCAGCCUGAGAAUAAUGAAAAGGCAAUGGAUCAGAAGAGCAAAAUUAAGUUUAAGAUCAUGAGCCUUAAAGUGAAAGGAGGAACAGAAUACGCACCCGAGCUGUUUGAUGAACAGAAGGACCAAGUAACGAUAGAGCGGAUAUUGCGGGUCGUAUUUGUAGAUGCAGAACGUCCUAGUGCUGCUCUUGAAAAACUGAAACGUCAACUGGCCGAAGCCGAGGCUGCACUCGAAGCACGCAAGAAACCUCCAGUAGAAACAGGUCCCCAAGUUGUGGGGGAAGGUCUUGUGAUAGAUGAAUGGAAGGAACGAAGGGAGAAAUACCUUGCUCGUCAACAAGUCGGAGCAGUAGACUCCGUGUAAAGUGAGAUUCACCAUUUCACUACGCUCAUUUCGAGGGUCACAUUGUACAGGUAUUGUCAUCUUGAAGCCCUGGGUAUCUGGAAGAUGAAAGAAGUCGUUAGUUGGAAAGUUCAUCAAGCGAUGUCGAUGUCGAUGUCAUUACUUAGGAAAUGAGCAGCAAGAAACUUAGAUCAAAAGUCGAAUGCUGCUCGUUGUAGAUAAUGAAUGAAUUUUGCAUUUGAAAAUAAAUGUGCUACACAUCAAUCACCUCAGCUUAUGAUCACUACAUGAAUAUAUGGUUCCGUGGCUCAAUUGAUUUUUGUUUUCUCUAUAUUAUUUUUAACAACUUUUGGAUUGAUAAGUUGUACAAUUAUUGUGUUGAAAAAGGAUGUUUGUAUUGCCAAAAAUUCAAUAUUUUGAGCUCAAGGUGAAGUGAAGCUUCUAAUAUUCAUGGCUUAGGCUCGAAUUUCAAAUUUUGGAGAA